CAGGUACCUCAUCCAUAGCUUGCAGAGGCAAUGGAGGCAAUGAUGCAAACUCUGUUGUAAUUAGAACAGAAAAACAUUCUUAGUUGCACCCAACUCUUUCAGUAUCAUUCAAUGCCUAACGGUGCAGAAGAUGAAAAGGAGAAUGGUUCUGGAAAUAAUAGAAACACUGAAAACAAACCUGGGAAAGAAUCCUCAGAAGCUUCUCUUCUUGAUCCCGUGAAGCCGUGCUGCAUGUCAGAUGCCUCCACUGUGUCCUUAGUGUCUAGGGGAGAUGGGCAUUACCCAUGGGGAUGUCCUGUGACUCAUACACGAGAGAAAUUUUACACCAUCUGCUCAGACUAUGCUUUUUUAAACAGAGUAACAUCUAUUUGUAAAAGCCCAAGUGCUUCAGUUAGUGCCUGUCUGUCAGGCAAUGCUGCCUUAAAUGUGGGAAAUAACACACCCAGCUUACUAGGCAUUCAAACUGGUGCUUCAGAGAUAAUCUACAGUGAAGAUGCUAACUUGGAAGGCUUGCCUGGCAAUCUUGGAAAACUCCCACUGGCAUGGGAAAUCGACAAAUCAGAGUUUAAUGCCGUGACCACAAAUCUGAAGAACAAAGCAGGCAACAUGAAGAAACAAACAACAAAGAAAAAAUCCCUAGACAAAAAAAGCAAACAAUACAGGGAGUGUCCUCAGCGUUCUGCUCUUGAAGACGUGAAGGAAAGGAAAGUGUUGGACCUCCGAAGAUGGUAUUGUGUUAGCCGACCUCAAUACAAGACUUCCUGUGGAAUUUCAUCCUUAGUGUCUUGCUGGAAUUUCUUGUAUAGUACACUGGGAGCUGGAAGUUUACCUCCUAUUACUCAAGAAGAAGCUUUGCAUAUACUGGGCUUUCAGCCCCCAUUUGAGGAGAUUAGAUUUGGUCCCUUCACAGGAAAUACAACUUUAAUGAGAUGGUUUAGACAAAUAAAUGAUCACUUCCAUAUCAAGGGAUGUUCAUAUGUUCUGUAUAAACCUCAUGGGAAGAACAAGACAGCUGGAGAAACUGCUGCAGGGGCGCUAGCAAAACUAACACGUGGACUGAAAGAUGAAUCAAUGGCCUACAUCUACCAUUGCCAAAACCAUUAUUUUUGCCCAAUUGGAUUUGAAGCAACCCCAGUAAAAGCCAGUAAAGCCUAUAGAGGUCGUGUCUUGCAGCAAGAAGUGGAAUAUUGGAUCUUAAUUGGAGAACCAAGCAGAAAACAUCCAACAAUACACUGUAAAAGGUGGGCAGAUAUUGUCACCGACCUAAACACCCAAAAUCCAGAAUAUCUAGAUAUUCGACAUCUGGAGAGAGGAUUGCAGCAUCGAAAAACAAAGAAGGUUGGAGGAAAUCUUCAUUGCAUCAUUGCCUUUCAGAGACUUACCUGGCAAAGGUUUGGUCCUUGGAAUUUUCCAUUUGGAAAUGUUAGGCAGGAUAAACAAUCCCAAACUCAAGGACAAGGAAUUUCCAAGUCUGAGAGCGAAGACAAUAUCUCUAAGAAACAACAUGGACGACUGGGUCGAUCUUUCAGUGCUGGCUUUCAUCAAGAGUGGAAGAAAUCUAACCUUCGUGAGAGGAGAAACAGUGGGUAUCAGAGUUAUCAUGAUUAUGAUGGAAAUGAUUAAAAUUAACUUUAAGUAAUAGAGCUGAUAUAUCAAAGUUAGUUUUAAUCAAGACAUAUUAGGAAUCUGUUAGUCCUAGAAUAACUACGAAUAGAAAUUAUGGUAUAAGAUACAGCUUCACAAUUAUUGAAAACAUCUGAUUAUAUGGUUGCAAUGGAUGAGAUGCAAUGUAUAAACUGACAAAAAAGCACAGAUUAUUGUACUUCUGCAAUCAAAUCUGCUAUUACAGGAAAAUCAAUCACUUAUUUUGAAAUAAUUGUACUUAUGUUCUGAUUUGUGAAAACAAAAGAUCAGAUUGAACUAAGUCAAUGUAAUAAACAAGACUUCACUGAAAAUACUUAGUAUUCAAAAGCAUGAAAAUUUAUGAUAUAACUUUAUAAAAAGAGUUAUUCUGGAAAUGGUGUAAGGGUAAAAGUAAACAUUGCCUUCCUUUUAACACUCCAUUUUACUAAGGCUGCCCAUGUCCAGUGAAAAGGGAAGAAAACACAUAGGUCAGAAAACCUUGUCAGAUUUACAAAGUGAAUGUACAUUCUCCAUUUAGAUCCCAGUAGACUUCUGGCAGUUAUAUAGUUUGUCAAGCAGGUCUCAGUUUCCUUUUGCUUAGCUGGAUGCCUGUUUUAGACUGAGAGGAAUUGCCUGUCAGAGGGCAAGUUCAGUGGUGGAGUUUCCGUAUUGUGGGCACAGUGGCUGAUUUCUUACUCUGGAGCCUCUUGAGAGCUCAGACUCACUGAAUGCAAGCUUGUGAAAUUUAACAUAAAAAAGCUUCAUUUACCAUGAGCCAAAUGAGCCAGCUGAACACUGCGUUCUGUUGGCAGGUCUUUUCCUCCUUCAGUCUUUAAACCUCUGUCAUUUUUCUGCUGCUCUUUUCAUUUUGUAUGAAGGGGGUGCAAGUGCUCAAAGCUGCUGGCAGCCCUGAUGAUAUACCUCUUGGCCAGCAAGCAGUUAAGCUUUUUCAGGUGUCCAUGUGCAGUCUCUUCUUCCCUUUUUUUUCCUUUUCCUUCUUAAUCUGAAAUGUGUCCAGUUGUUUACCCAAACACAUAUCAACCAUUGUAACUUUCUGCGUACAGAUGUUCACACCUGCUCAAGGAUUAAUUUUUUUGACAUAAAGAUUUGUCAUGGAAUGCAGGGGUUUUGUAGGUCGCUGCUUUUGUUAUCUAAAAAUGGGGGACUUUUAGACUUUUGUUCAUUCAAUAAAACUUGUUUUCUAU